AAGGGCGGGUCCCCCUGUGGCCGCUCGGCUCCUGCCUUCUCAAGGGGCGCCGCCCUGAGGGGGAAACGACCGGCCUGAGGGGGGAGCGGUCGCCUCGCUGCCUCCGGCCGCCCUUCGCUGCUUCCCAAGGGCUUCUGACGAGACAGGGGGCGAGCGUGAGGCUGCCGGCGGGACCCUGCCCGCAGCGGCCCGGCCCGCUUCACACCUUGGCAGCCGCCCGGGGAAGCUGCGUGUGAAGCGGCCGCCCGGCGGUGCUGGGGGAGGAUGCUCACGCCUGGUGCUUGUUUCUCGCUCCCUUUUGUAAGCUAGGCUCCCCUGAAGGAAAGAGAGUGACAAAACUGGGGCAAACAACUGAAAAUGUCAUCCUAUUUGGCUCAGGAGGUUCACCUUGCUAGAAGACACGAAGAGAUACUGUCUCAGAGAUCAGAGCUGCUACAGCAGAUGGAGACUUAUCUAGGAGACAAAAAGACUAAAAAGACAUGGCAAACUCAAGCAGCUGAUGCAGCUUGUAAAAGGAAUGCAGCACUUUUAAAUGAUAUACAAGCAGCAGAAAAAAAGCUGCAAGAAAGAGUGUAUUUACUUCCACAUCCUGAUACUGUUAAGUUAGAAACUCUCUAUUGGGCAUCAAUAAAAGAAUCUCUUCCCAAGUGGGAACAGUUUCUUUUAGGAAGAGCAGAAGUUCCUAUUGGUUUUAAGAAAAUGAAAACUGCAGAACAGAACAUAAGCUACCAAGAAGAAGAUUCACAAAAAUAAAUGCUCUAGCUUAAUUUUGGUUUGUAAUUUAUGGCUUUAGCAGACAAGAUCAUCCAGAUCAGGCAACAGAAUAUCACGGUAUUAAAUUGUAAUGUAAAUAAUUUAAAUUAAAAUUAACUACAGUGGGUAAUUUGCUUCCAUUGUCGCUUUGUGUACAUUUCUUUAUUUUUAUUCUGUAGCAGAGAAAUAAUCCUCAAUGGGGCUUUUAGGAUCAAAAGUGAGAAACACUGUUGUAUAGAAACCCACCAAGGCAAUUUCUUUUUCAGCAUAAGAAGAGUUUUAGGUUAUUUUUAAUCCUCUGCUUCUACAUAUAAGUGCAAUAAGUAAAGAACAGAUUCAUGCAUUAUCUUUCUUUACUGCAGUCAUCUGUGCUGUAUGUGUCUCUGUGGGUGAGGGAGAAAGGAGGAUUUUACCCUGAGCAGGAAAGGCAGUUUGCUUCAGACAGCGCAGCCUUGGUUUGGCACCAGGAAUCUGUGUAAAAACCUUCAUGAGAGCAGCCAUAGAAGGAACACCUUGAAUUUUCCAUGUCUUGCUUUUCCCCGAUUUUUCUCAUUGCCACUUUUGUUGCUGCUACACCUGACUCCAAUAACCACCACUGCUUUUCCCAGCCUCCUUCUGCCUACUUUGUAUUUCCUUUCUGAUGGUUGUGUAAAGACAAGAAAAAGUAAAUAAAUCUGUAGGGGUUUUUGCUGCAUCUAGGCUGAUCUUAAUGCUAUUUUUGACGUGAUCUGCAAGUCAGAACUUUUGCUUAGGCAUGAAAAGUUUGAAAGAAGCAAACUGUGAGAGGUAGCUGGCAGUGGCUGUCCCAAGAACCAAACAUAUAUAGAAGCUGAGGCGAUAAUAUUUUCAUUUUCAGCCAUUGAACAGCUCCUCAGCUUCCUCCUGCAUAGGUGCAGUAUCAGUGAGUUUUGAUUGUACAGUGGGCUAAAAAUUUCACUGCUCUAGUGCAGUGCUUUUUAAAGUAUCAGUUCAGCAGAAGAUCCUUCCAGGUGUGUGACUUGGCCUGUAGAAAUUUAAUCCUUCUUAAGCCAGGGAAGCCUAGGAGAAAAAUAUAUAUUCUUUUUUAAAUUAAGAAGCUUGACUUGAGUCAACAUAUUGUUAGAAUUUGGUCUCACAUGCACCAACAUACCUCCACACCUGAUUUGAAAGGAGGAGGGAAAAUAAAUUACCUCUGCUAGUGUCUGAGGAUGUGAAAAUAUGGUGAUUACAAAUUUUGCUAGGCUACUAGCGAACUGAUCUGUGCAUCUUCAUGCUGCAUAGAAAUAGAUAUUUUUAGUAGUAGGGAUGUUUUAAUUACUUUUAUUGAAACAGAGCUACUUUUUAGCGACAUUUCUCAUAAAUGUCCUGGUUGCUUGGGAUCCGUGCACUAAAAAGCUUGUGUUCAUUUAGGUAACUAAACCUUGUUAAAUUAGUAUUAGCUGUUUGUGGGGGGGUUCGUGGUCCAGUCAGAACUAGAGAACUAAAUUCUAGCAGAAAACUAUAGUAUGUCUGGGUAGCACCAACAUCUGCAGAUGUCCUGUGAAAUAAGACUCAGUUUUGUCUGAAUUUAAAUUAGCUGAAGAAUCACUGACACAAUAAAAUCAAAACUUCAGCUGCGAUAUAAAAAUGUGUAUGUUUUCAAGGGGAAUAUUAAGAGUUCAUUUAAAACUUUUUCUAUUGAAGUGUCCAUUACACUGAUAAGUUUUUACAGAAACUGCCAUCUUAGAAAUAUCCUGUUGAGUGGGUGUUGGUGUUUGUAACAAUAACGUUGUUUUCAUAAUAUGUGAUGGCAGAUUAGCACGCUUCUCUGCAGUGUUGUUAACAGUUGUAAUUAAGGAAUAAACAGUAAAGGGUGUCAGUCCGAUGACAAUUUCAUCUAUAGUGUCACAAUACAAAAUGUCACAAAAUAUUAGAACUGUUAUAUAACUACAAAAAUAUCAAAUUAGGUUUUCAUCUUACAAGCAUAGAGCUAAAAAAAAAAAACCUGGCAAAGAGACCAUUGCAAUUUUAUACCUACUCAGUGUUCUGUCACAAAGACAACUUGGUAAUAUUUUCUUCUGUAAAAUCACAAUGUGGUUCUCAAUCUGAUGUAGCGGGAGUGUGUAUGGUUCUCAGAAUUGUAGAACUCAAAUUUAAAAAGCAAAUAAUUGGAACUAGUUGAGCAGACAAGAAGGGAAAAGCCAAAAAAUGAAGGGAUGUGUGAGCAGUUAGUUGCUAACAAAGGAAGAUUCAUCCCAGUCUUUGCAUCCAAAGGGAAAUCACUUAAACUGGAAUCUGGGCCCCUAAGUACUUUAUACGUGUGAAUAAUCUGGGUCUUUAUCUCUUUGGACUCCGCCUAAACCCUGGCACACAAUGCGGAUGCUCACUAUCUCCUUGCCCCUUUUGGUUUCCCGUGGAAGGAAAGCAAAGAGUGUGGACUAUGAGGACAUGGCACCUGGAUGGCCGAGGGUUUUGUAGGUGCUCUGAAAGGCAAGCAGAGUUAGCGUAGUUUCUGUGCUGCAGUUAACUGCUCAGACAGUGUUUCUUUGUUGUUAUUGAGCAAAGAGAUUAAGAUUGAAAUGAAAUAGUCUUCGAAGAAGGAUUUUUAUUUUUUUUUCCUGUAGUAUAGCUUUAGGAGCAAUACGACAGCUAGUGCCUGGAAAACUGUAUACGGACGUGUCCAGAAAAAAAUAAAAUGAAGAGAAACAUUUAAAGCAAGAAAGUGUAUAGGUGACUGCUCUCAGAGACAGAGACCUUCCCGUUGGCCUCUGGUCUAACGUGAAUAAAUGCAGUUGCAGAUGAGUGUGACCCGGCAGAGUGCAGGGCAGGGAGGCGCGGGGGGGUGUUGGGGAACAGGAGCCUGAUGUAGCACAGACCCUGGGCACACAGGGCAGGGAACACAAUGAGAUGAUACCUCCUGUUAGUUAUACUUUGAUUUGUUGAGUGCACAGCUUAAUUUACUAUGGCUGAGCUGGCUCACCACUUGCCUCUCUAUAGAUACACAUUUGAGAAAGCAAAUUUACUUGUGUUUAAAAGAAAAAUUCCCCCCCAAUGUAUGGAUACUGAUAUGGUUAAUAGUGGCUUUUAAAUGAGAUCUCGAAUGGAUAUUCUUCACCAAGUCGUGGCUGUUUCUUCAGACAUAUUGGUUCUAUGUAGUUAUACCCCGUCUUAUCCCAAGUUUUUAUAUAAUGAUAUAAUAUCUAUUAUAUUCAUAACUUUAUAUAUAACUCUUAUGUAACUUCUUACCCAUCUUGGGUAAAUAUUUCUUUUCCCUCAGAAGAUAACCUGUUACUCUGCAUUCUUGACUUGCUCCUUUCCUUUUUGUGUUAAAAUACAUGUAUAUGUAAGCUGCAAUGGUCCUGUUACUUCUCGUGCUUUUCUGGCAAGUGAGGGAAGGCAAUAGAGAUAAGAGCAGUAAGGAAAACUAAAAGUUUUGCCUGUUUCUAAGUUAAUUGUUGAAUAUCGUACAAGAAGAAAUAAUUAAUCAUCCUUUUUUAGGUUUACGCACAGAUGAGUAACCACAGUACUAACCCAGGAGCACAGCCUGUUCACCCAUCUUGUCACCUCUACCAUCACAUUCUGAGCUUUUUGCUUUCUCAGUUGUUCUGGCUGUGGGGGUAGUAGCAGAAGGCGUGUUAGUUUUCCCUAGGAUAAGAAAUUUCUUACUCUGCAGAAUCUUGUUUCAAGCCUAUUAAUUUCAUUUGAGAGUACAUAUGAAACAAUAAGAUAGUUUAGACACGUGACAUUUGACAUGUACUAUGGUACCCUCUUGAUUCUAUUUAUUCAGGGUCAUGUUUUCAUAGAAGUUGAGAGCUAGAUUUUAGGCUGAGCUUGUAGUUCUUUACUUCUGUCUUCUUCAUUCACAUAGAACAAGUCAGAGAUGUAGAUGCUCAGUUUGAGCUUGUUGGUACUGAAAAAUAAAACACCAAAUUUGAAAUGGAAUGUACUUUGGGAGGUUACAUCUGAAAGAAAACAUUAUUUACUCCAUAAUGAUAAUUUUCAUAAUAUUUUAAUAGUUGUGUUCAGAUACAACGUGACCUUAAAUAUCACCCCAAAUGCAAGCUGUUUUCACAUAUUUGUAAUGAUAAGUUCUUCAUUACUGUAAUAUUCUGUUUGCUCAAGGAUUAUAAUCCAUGGAUAUACUGUGUUACAGUUGAAAUAAAGCUUUGAUCCUGUA